AUGGCGGUGUGGGCUCCACUCGCGGACGAUCCCGAGAGGACUAGCGGCCACAUGAUCUCGGCAGACGAUGCAGAAUAUCCACGGGAAUACCGGACCCUGGGAAACAGCACACGCCGUUUCUCCAAUGUAGGGUUGGUGCACACCUCGGAACGCCGGCACACUGUCAUCGCCGCCCAGAGCCUGGAGGCCCUCACAGGGCUUCAGAAGUCUGAGAUGGACCGGAAGAGGGAUGCCUUCAUGGACCACUUGAAGAGCAAAUACCCCCAGCAUGCUCUGGCCAUCCGAGGACAGCAGGAAAGGAUCCGGGACCAGAGUGUAGCUGUGGUGGAAAACGUGAAGCAGCAGUACAGAAGAGAGUGCCCCUGAGCCUUCGCACUUGCUAAUGCUUUUCUGGACUGGAAAGUGUUUUCUGCCUUCUAGCUCUCACUGCUUUUUUGCACACUUGCGAUCAAGGAACUCUGGGCUAAGGAC